AUGAAGGUAGGUCAACUUAAAUAUAUAGAUAGCAUGCAAUUUAUGAACACUAGCCUGGCUAAUUUUACGAAAAACUUGGUAGGUCGUAAGAGGGUUUAUUCCUAUGAAUAUAUCAAUUCUCAUGAUAGGUUUAAGGAAACAAAGCUUCCUUUGAUUCAUGAAUUUCAUGGAAUUCUAAGUGAUGAAUAUCAUGAUCACUAUCUUAAGACUGAUGUACUCAGCCUUGCUGAUAUCUGGAUACAGCUUCGAAAAAUGUCUAUGGAAUAUGAUGGGCUUAAUCCUAAUAUGGAUAAGCAUGAUUUUAUAGAAAAAGCUAAAG